UCGAGCGGGCCGGCAAGCGUCGGCGUGUGCGUAGUUGGAACUGUUUCCACAGAGCGCGGGAUAGUGUGACUUCACACUCGUAACAAUGAAAACUGGUUGUUGCGAAUCCUGCUAGGUGCACCGAACGUGCUCGGACUCGUGCACCGCUCGUAGGUUGGAACCGCACUGACACAAGGAAGCAACAGGAAGUCAAGAGGCUGGAACAUGACUAGCGUGGCAAAACUCGACGCCGAAACUCAUGAAACGGGGAUACCGAGAGCCAGAGGAAACAUUUCCAACAAUCAUAGCGGUGUGGCCGCACGCUCUGGAGACGCAACGGUAACACCUGGAGACGAAGGCGACAACAACAACAGCUCAGUGACAUUGGUGAUCCAUAAGUACGAGACGCCGCCUGGGUCAGAAAAGCAGCACGUGGUGCAGACCGAGGACUUGGAACGAUACGUGGCAGCCAUGAAGCAGACAGCGGGCUUCAAGGAUCAGCUCUUGACCCUCAAGACAGGCCAGCAGAAGCCUUGGACUGUUGCCCAGAAGCCGGAAAAUAAGCACAAGAACCGAUACGCCGACCUUCUGCCUUAUGACGACACACGUGUGAUCCUGCAUCCCCUCAAAAGCGAUCCUUCGUCUGACUACAUAAACGCAAACUACAUAAACGGUUACCAGAAGUCUAAAGCCUAUAUCUGCACUCAAGGUCCUGUGGAGAAAACAGUGGCGGACUUCUGGCGCAUGGUGUGGCAAGAAGAUAUCUGUAAGUUCAUCAUGGCUGCCAACCUUGUGGAAGACGGAAAGCGGAAGGUUGAGCGGUACUGGCCCGAGACUUGCAGCAAAUACGGAGACAUCGUGGUGGCGCUGGCGUCUGAGGAGGUGUUCAUCGACUACACCAUCCGGACGUUUAAAAUCAACAAGUCUGGUGCGGCAUCCAAGCGCGUGGUGAAGCAGUUCCACUUCACUGCGUGGCCGGACCACGGUGUACCGGCGUACCCGCUCUCGUUGGCCCAAAUGAUCGAGCUGGCCAAGGCACACGCGCCGUCUAGCAAGGCGCCGCUACUGCUGCACUGCAGCGCUGGGGUUGGCCGUACGGGCACCAUCGUCCUGAUGGAACUGGCACUUGACAUGGCGCGGGCCGAGAAGCAUGUCGACGUCAUGGGCCUGCUGUACAAGCUGCGCCAACAGAGGGUCAACCUCGUCGAGACCGUGGAGCAGUACGAGUUCGUGCACGAGGCGCUCGUGGAGCGGCUGUUCGGCGAGCCAACAAGACAGCCGUCAGACAAACUAUCCGCCUACUUCAGCCGCCUCAAGCUGGAGAGAGCCGGUGGCAAGGACACUGAACUCGAGCUGCAGUACGAGAAACUGAAGCAGCUGUCGCCUCCUUUAUCACCUGAGACAUGCAAGUUUGCGCUCACGAACGAGAACCGGCUCAAGAACCGGUCAAUCGAGGUAUUACCCGAUGAAGACGGCCGACCAGUUAUGGGAGCUGGAGCGUCGUCCGUCUACAUCAACGCCGUCUACACGAAUGGCUAUGCGAACCGUAAAACGUACAUCGUCACUCAGUACCCACUGAUCAUCACAGUGGAGGAUUUCUGGCAGCUGGUCUACGACUCCGGCUCACAGACAAUCUUGCUUCUCAACGAAAUUGACGCCAAAGAUGAGACAUGCCCUGUGUUCUGGCCAAAUGCUGGGAGCAUGCACCACCGCCACUUGCGCAUCGACCAUGUGUCCACUGAUGUCGUCACUGGUGGCGUGCUGCAGCGCAAGUUCAAGCUCAGGAACACCGCCAAGUCCCCAAAGUCUCGGCUUCUCAAGCAGUUUCACCUGCAAGGCUGGCGCAAAGGCGACGUCAACCCGCCAUCCGUGGACCUCCUGGUGCGCUUCCUCGGCAAGGUUGAGCGCUGGCAGCGCAAGUGCCCAUCCAAGAAUCCCACCAUUGUGGCGUGCUUCAACGGAGCCACUGCGUCGGGCCUUUUCUGCGCAGCGUCCUUCUUGGCGGACCAGCUCAAGGCCGAGCGCCACGCCGACGUCCUCAUGGCGGCCCGCACAGUCCGGCAGCACAGGCCCACAUUCCUGCCUUGCCUGAACCAGUACCGGUUGCUCUACGAAGUGGCCUGUGCACUGGCGACUCCCAAGCACCGCAGGCUUCGCUGAUUAAUCUCGGAGACGGCGCCGGCGUCGUUUAUUCCGUCCCUUGCCGCCGCCCUCUUCAUUCAUCGCUUCACCAAGGGGCCUUGUCCACCAGAUGCUGCUCUCUCCGUUUUUUAUUUUAUUUGAGUGUUAUACUUCAAAUUUGGAGUUACAUUCUGUGAUGUAAGACUGCAUUAGUAUUUCAUUUCUUUCUUUUUUGAUGGCAAAUUUUUCGUCCUUGUACUGUCAAUGUUGUUUAUUAUUUAUCUUAACGUUCUUUCCGACGAGACGCUACUCGCACGCGUGUGCGAUUUUAUUGAAGUAAGAUUCACAAAAUUCAUGACUGACAUUGUACUGUUUAUUAUUCCUUGCCGUGUCUAUCUCAUUCGCGGCAUACGCACUGUUAGAAUGUUUAUUUGUAAAUAUUUCUUUCAUUUGAAACUUUAAUUCCCCGCUUCAUCACGCACAACAUGCUGCAGCAGACUGAGAGUUGCACUGCAGUGGGUUCUACCUCACCACACUGGAGAAUUGUAGAGACCGAUGCCGAGAAAAAAUAAUUAACCAUGGUUGCAUGAGAAUGCGAAGGUGUGCAAGUGUUCUGUUACAAGAGGAUGUCAUAGUGUAUCACAUGUUAAUGCCUGUUUAUACCGCAAACUUAUUGCACAAAAUGUCAAUGGGCCAGGACAAUAUUGGCAAUCUCUUGUAUCGCGUUUUUCGCAUUGUGGUGCGCGCACGAUGUAGUUCAAUUUUUCACGUUAGUGCACACGAUCGUGAUUCACAGCUUUCUUUCAUUGCUUCGCUUGCACGUGAACUUGUACGUUUUAGGUGAGCAUCAAUGUACCAUCAAAUAAUGCUAUCCAAUAUCACAGAUGUUCUGUAUGUUUCUGUGAAUCAGGCCCUCUGAUUACGAAAAUAUUUCAGGAAACACAAAGAAAUCCCACUGGUACAAUGAUUUUCAACUGCAUGUAUAAGCUUGCCUAGUGAGUUUUAUUAUUUUGUUUACACAGUGUGAUCAAGUGAUUUUGUUUUGGAUGGAAGUGCCAGUGUGGGCCGAUAGGGUGCAUGGGAAGAAAAUGUGGAAAAUAUUCAAAAAAAAACUCGAAGGAAAACGUCAAAGAAAGAAGAGAGUCCGAAGGAGUAGAGACAGUGAACGCAGAGGAUGUCUUCUUCCAUCCAACGUGCCCAACAAGCAACACUUUAAGAUUGCGAGGAACGUGCUUUUGCAGACUUUCAAGACUCUUUUUUUUUCAUUGCAAGAACUCUAUUGUGACCGCUUAUCGAAGCUCAUAUCGCUCAAUAAGUGAUUCUGCUGUCGCAUCACAUCUCUUGCGCAUGCUGCCCACGAGUAGUUUCCCGUGGCUACAAGUCAUCACUCACGUCAUGUCAUUUCAGCUACGCGGUAGGUAACGAUUGGGUAGUAAGUGCUCUAAAGAAAAUGCUGCUCAGUUAUCUGAGUCGUUUCACUACGCAGACACGACGACUAAGCAAGCGUUUGUGCUCGAAGCACUGAGCACAACCUAAUGCUCUACCAGUUUUGUAGCGACUUUUGUUUGCAGCAGCCCUGUCAUUCCCUCUGAAUCUCAUUCGAUACAUUGAAAAUAAUGAAAAAAAAGGUGAUAAGCAUGUCAAGGCGUCAUAAAAAAGCUCUUAAUGCAUAUUUAACAUGUGACAACGGAGUUACACCAAGUUUACACACACACACACACACACACACACAA